UUUUUUUUUUUGCAUCCUUGCAUUCAGUCACUCGUUAGGGUCACUCUUUAUCCCACACACACACAACAGCCAACAUGCGUUUCUCUCUUGCUGUCGCUGCCCUCGCGGCCGGUGCUGCUGCCGCCGUCGCUCCUCAGGAGGAGGAACAGACCGUUACUGUCACCGAAUACACCACCUACUGUCCUUCUGCGACCAUGAGCCAGCUUCCCCAGUACACCACUUCUGCUGGCCACUCCUACAGCAUCAGCCGUCCUCUGAUCACCUCCACCGUCACUCACUGUGAGAAGUGCAGCUCGACCCCCGUCCCCUCCUCCACCAUCCCCGUCCAGGUCCCCGUCAACACCCCCGAGGUCAAGCCCAGCCCUAGCCCCGAGUCCUCUCCCGCCUCUUCUCCCGUCUCCUCUCCCGCCGUGACCGGCUCCUCCAGCUCCUCCGUCGUCCUUGGCGGCUCUUCGCCCACUCCCGUCAUCCCUCGUCCUUCCUCCGCCGAGGCUAUCGGCCAGGGUAGCGCUUCGUCGUCGGCUUCGGGCUCGGCCACCACGCCCUCGUCGCCGAUCUUCACCGGCGGUGCUUCGCGCGCUGCGGCCGGUGCUGGGCUGGGAUUGUCGACUGUGUUCGGGCUUGUUGCUUUCUUGCUGUAAGCUAGCAACUGGGUUUUAAUUGAGUGGCUUGACUCCAGUGGCUGGGUGACUUGAGUGUGCAAGUGCUUUUGUACAUAUGGAGUGGUAGUGACUGACUGGGUUGAAUUUUCGUCUGGUUUUAUUUUGGUUUUUUAUCUGAUUUCUUAAUUUUCUUUUUUUUUUUUUUUUUUGUUUCUCUUCUUCUGAUCAUAUUGAUUCGUCUCUCCGUUAUAAUGGAUAUCUUGCCAAGGAUGUAUCCACGUGCUCAUAAUGGAGUUUACGCUUAAUGAAUAUACCAUUUCGCUUUUGUUAGAUAUUCCUAUGAUUUGCUUUAAGAUCUGCACUCUUAAGAUAGUCCAACGCUCUGUCUAGAACUUCCAC